AUGGAUUGCACAUUCAUGUCGGCAGAUCGCAUGGCCCUACUAAAGUUGACUGAUGAGGAAGCGCAGCAAUACCUCGUUCGGGAUAAUUCACCACUCAAUGAUUUGGCAAUGGACGUUGACGUCGAGAGUGCAUGGACCGAGCGCCAAGAUACGCCUGGAACGGGAGCAAAUGCCGCUAACCCUUUCGAUGCGCAAGCUCCAGUGCGACUUCCGCGCCAACUCGACGAUUCACUAUCGCGAACCAUCCGCCAACAUCGCACCCGAACCGCCCCAUUCCACAACCGUGUGUAUAAUCAUCGACACGGCGACUUUUACCCCCCGCGUCAGCCCGUAUAUUACGAUCACGACGACCUCGGCGCCAACUCUACACGAAUCCCGUCGCAACUGAGGGAAGAUUCUCCGGAGACGUUAGAAGAGAAGGCACGCGCAGUCUUGGUCGCAACCAUGGCGGACGCAGACGUCAGAGAAGAACGCGACGAUAGGCGCGAGGACCGACGUGAUGACAGGCGCGAUCGCGGAAACUAUCGAGGAAACAACAAGCGCCGCCGUGAUGAUGACGAUAACCAUUACCGCGGUGAUGACCGUCGCGGACCCCAGCGCCGCCGUAACGAUGAUGGAGGCCCACGUCGCCGAUACGAAGAGCCGCCGUUCCCCAAGCUGCGCCGACUGCUUUUGAACAUUGCCAGCUCCACCAAGCUCCCACAGGACGAGGCUAUCGAGAUCGCGAAAUACUUUGGAGAACACUUUGACGAUGAGCGUCUCCGCUCCGACUUCUUCGAUGUCUUGGUACAGCUGAUCAUCGAGCAGCCCUUCAAGAUCCCGUUCGUCGCAGCCGUCGCCUACUACGCCAACGAUGUCAAGCCACAAAUCACCAUCGAGGCCAUGAAGCGCGUCGGAGACCGGGCACAGGAGGCGCUGAAUGCGGGCGAGUGGAAAGAGUUCAAGUUGCUUCUGAGGUUCUUCGCGUGCCUGCAGUCGCUCUAUGAGGAUGAUGGCGUCUUCACCUUCCUGGGACAACUCUUCGAUACAGUCGUUGACCUUCAGAGUGCAAACGAGAACGAUGUUGUCGGUAUAGAACUCGUCAAGAUCAUCCUUCUUACCAUUCCCUACGCCAUCGUCGCUGGGGGAGAGCGUUUCCACGAACAAGCGCAACAACUGUUGAAGAACACCGGUAUCGUGGCAAGCAAUGCGGUUCCAAUUGAAAGCCUUAUCCACUCCUACGUCGGCGAUUUCGAGUCGAAGCCGGUAGACCACCACAGCGUCAUUGGCCUUCUUCAAGCACAAUUGUCAGCUGAAGCCGAGUCUGGUUUCGAGCUGAGAUGCCUUCCACGCAUCGACCUCGAGGCUUUGCGUAGGGCGGAUGCCAAGGAAGAAGACGCCCUGCCCACGGCUCCUCAGACUCACGCCUUCCCGACUUUCACCAUCCCGUCACCAGUCAACCCUGGCCCACGACCAGUCUUCCCGGAGGCGUACUUCUCCCUGUUCGCUGAUCAGGAAGUUGACACCGUCCCCAAGACCACCGACAUUGCUUCAUCCCUUGUCCGGGAUGCCAUUGUCGACACCAUCAACCAGCUCGACUUCAACCGUGAAAUGGUGGCCAAGUUCCUUGUCGAUGUUGAUUGCUACUGGUCCGUCGACAUCUUCGCUAAGCGCGGUUCACCUUUCGACAAGUUCCGUGAGCUGGUUGGCGACAAGAUUCAGUACAAGUCAGAAGAUAUGAUCAUCGAUGCCAUCUUCUCGCAACUGUUCAAGCUGCCUAGCGCGGAACACAAGCUCGUCUACUACCAUGCGCUCAUCACACAGUGCUGCAAGGUCGCGCCUGCUGCUAUUGCCCCGUCUCUCGGACGUGCCAUCCGUACCAUCUACAAGAACCUGCCCAUGAUGGAUCUCGAGCUAGGCUACCGAUUCCUCGACUGGUUCUCCCACCAUCUCAGCAACUUCGAGUUCCGAUGGAGGUGGACUGAGUGGCUUGAGGAUCUCGAGCUGUCUAACCUGCACCCGAAGAAGGCUUUCAUUCUUGCGACUUUGGACAAGGAGAUAAGGUUGUCCUUUGCCAAGCGCAUCCGAUCAACGCUGCCGGAGCCGAUGCACACCAUGAUUCCUGAGCGUCUAGAUGCAGACAACAGCCCUGACUUCAAAUACGACAACCAACAAACCCCCUACGCUGCUGAAGGUCAGAUGCUCCUGAGCCAACUCAGAAAGAAGGCUACCGCCGAAGAGAUCCAAGUCACUAUCGACAGCAUUCACGAGAAGGCUCUUGAACAGGGCAUUACCGAAGUCCUCGUCCCUUCGACUGACGCCUUCGUCACCGCCAUCUGCCGACUGGGAGCGAAAUCAUUGUCCCACGUUCUGUCUUGCAUUGAACGCGGCAAGGACAGGCUACUGGAGCUCUCGCAGAACGAGGUCGCACGUCGCCAGAUCGUUGCAAGCGUCGUCGAGUACUGGAAAGACCAGCCUGGUGUUGCGGUCCGCAUCAUCGAUAUUCUGCUCAACUAUACUAUUCUUGCGCCGAUGACUGUCGUUCAGUGGGUUUUCGGUAGCCACAUGGGAGCUGGUGAAGCUCUGACCGAGAGCUGGGUCUUUGAGAUGGUUAGCAACACAGUCGCCAAGGUUACCAACCGCAACCGUCAGAUCGCGUCUGCCCGCCUCCAGAAGGGCCUUCCUCAAGAACAGAUCGAGAUGGUUGAAGCCACCCUCGCCAAGGACCGUGACAACGCUCGCGAGCUGUUCAAGUACAUUGAAGACUCGAUGCGUGGUGUCGCAGAGGGUUCCGCUGACACUCUGAUUGAGAAGUCCUCCAAUGGCUCGCUCACCGAAGAGGAAGUCGAGCUCAUCAAGGCGUGGGGUAAGCGCUGGCAGACUGUCUUCAUCCGCAAGGCGCAGGUCGAAGAGUCUGUCGUCGGCGAAGAGGCGGUCGAAGCUCGUAUCAGACUUCUUGCCGCUGAGCCUGACGAGGUCGCUGAGAGCAUGGAGCAGGAUGCCGAUGGCGUUGCAGAGGCCACCAACGGAGAGGCGCAGAUGUCUCUUGCUUGA